CCUCCUCUGCUUAAAUCCCUCCUCAAGUUCCCCUACCUGGGAGGAAACCCACGCCCUCAGGCUCGGGGCGCGGGAUGGGGUGCAGGGAGAGAGCGGGUCCCAGGAAUGCUAGGGGCCCUCGAGUGGGGCAAGUGAGAUGCGCGCCCAGAACCGAGCAGCUUCGGGCUGGAGGACCAUGCGGUGGAAUCAGGCCCCGAGGCUGGAGGAGCUGGGCGAGGGCGGAAGGCGACCCUGAGGCCCGGGGUUCCUGCUAGUUCCGGAGCGGGGCGUCCCCGGGGCAGGGCGGCGCCGGGCUGGGCGGGUCGGCGGCCUCCGGGCGGCAGGGGGCGGCCUCGCCCCAGGCGGCAAAUUCCGUCCUCGGCCCCGCGCCUUUCGUGAGGCACCGCGACCUCCGGCGGUGGGCCGCGUCGGCCGGGUAUGGCGGCGUGGAGCCCCGCUGCGGGGACUCCUCUGCUCCGCCUGAGCCACAGGCUUCCUCUCCUCUACUGUGUCCACCGGAUGUUCAUCUCCCAGACAGAGGGGGAGCUCAAAGUGACUCAGGUUCUCAGAGAAAACUUUCCUCGUGCUACAGCUAUUAAGGUCACUGACAUUUCAGAAGGUCCUUGUCUGAGCAGAGCCAGGCUGACAACCUUGGGAGCCCCAUGCUGGGCCUUGUCUCCAGGCCAUCAAGGAAAGAAUGGCGCACAGAGACGUCAUGAAGAAUCUGAACAGACAGGAGGCUGUGGGGCGAUGUAUGAAAUUAAAAUCGAAUCAGAAGAAUUUAAGGAGAAGAGAACUGUCCAGCAGCACCAGAUGGUUAAUCAGGCUGGCUUUGAACUCCUGAGCUCAAGUGAUCCUCCUGCUUCAGCCUCCCAGUGCUGGGAAUAUAGGCACUAAAAGAAGAAAUCAAAGGGAUGCACGGACUACGGAUAUUCACCUCCGUCCCCAAACACUGACCUGCCCUGGCUGUGUAGAUGCUGCUGCGUAAAGCCCUGGAUGACUUCACCUACAGCAUUCUUCGCCAAAAAAAAAUUGUCUAUUUUUGUUCAUAGAGAUUUCUGUAUUGUAAUUAUAGAAGAUAUGUUAUCUAUUUAGAUGUUAAUUAAAGGCCAUAGACAACUGACUCUUUCCAAGGAGGAAUGCUUCAAGUUCCUUUAAUUCAGAAUAGAUGUCAGUGUCUACAGUGGUUUGUCCCUGAAUAGAUCUGUCUUGCCACAAAAGUCA